AUGCUGUCACCGUCGUCUUUGAAACCGACUGCUCCAUCCACGUCGCUCCUCCGUUUCUUGCGUUCGCAGACCGACUCGCUCCUCUACUUCACGGCGAAUCCAUUGACCUGUGAGGGUCAUCCACGAAAAUCGCAAACCUACAGCCGAACCUCUGGUAUAUCAGCGCUACAAGUUUCCUUGAACUGGACGCAUCUCAAUCCAGCGCGAUGCCGAGCAACCGUGGAAGCCGGGCUGCUGUCCACAUUCCCUAAGAGCCCUUCGCGAUCUCGAGCGGCGCUGUGCCAAUGCCCACGCUCACGGCUUCGGUCCUCCCUCACAGUGCCGUCUACCCGGACCUCCUCCACUAAGAGUCGUCCGCUACUCCGCAGGCUUUUGGAUCUGAGACCGGGCCAGGCGGAGGCCAAGCUCAACCGGAGCUUGAGCCCUGCGCUGAUUGAUGAGAGCACGGAGGGAAGCUUAAACUUCGGAGGACGACUGCUGGCAGCAAAGGCUUCCAAUGAACCACGGCUGCGGUGUACUGAGUUUGACAGUAAUGGAAAUGUGACCCUUGUCAAUGGAGAGUUCAGGAAGAGUGAAUUGAUCGCCAAGUAUGGCCUGCUUCCUCGUGACCUUCGCAAGAUCGACUCGUCAACGCUGCCUCAUAUCCUUGUGCGACCGAGCGCUAUCCUCAUCAACCUGCUACACCUUCGCGUGUUGAUCAAGGCCGAUCGGGUCUUGGUGUUUGAUGCGUACGGCUCGACGGAUUCCUACAUGCAGUCAAUGUUUGUCUACGACUUGGAGGGAAAACUACGACAGAAACAGGUCCAGGGUGCCGGUGCCCUACCGUACGAGUUCCGCGCCUUAGAGGCUGUUUUGAUCAGUGUUACUACGGGCCUGGAGGAAGAGUUUAACGGCGUAAGGGAGCCGGUGGUGCGCGUUUUGCGAGCUUUGGAGGAGGACAUCGAUCGUGACAAACUAAGACACCUCCUUAUUUACUCCAAGAGACUCGGAACCUUUGAACAGAAAGCCCGUCUCGUACGAGACGCCAUCGACGACCUUUUGGAGGCGGACGAUGACUUGGCCUCGAUGUAUUUGUCGGAGAGUGCGAAUGGAAUAGAAAGGGAGGACCAUGACCAUCAGGAGGUUGAAAUGCUCCUGGAAUCAUACCAUAAAGUCUGUGAUGAAAUUGUCCAGGCCAGCGGGAAUUUAGUCACUGGAAUCCGGAACACGGAGGAAGUGGUAAAAGCCAUCCUCGAUGCCAACCGCAAUUCCCUUAUGCUGCUCGACCUCAAGUUCAGUAUUGGUACCCUCGGACUCGCAACGGGAACACUUUUCUCCGCUCUUUAUGGCAUGAACUUGAAGAAUUUCAUCGAGGAGUCCGACAUCGGUUUCGGCGGCGUCUCAGCUACAUGCUUCGCCAUCACGGCGGUGGUAUGCAUGUACGGACUCACGAAGCUACGCAAGCUGCAGCGUGUCCGAAUGUGGGGAGAGUCCGGCGCCGGGAGCUCUCCUAUGGUCCAUUUUCCCGCCCGGGGUGGCGCCCGUGCUAGCCAUCGAUCCAACUGGAGAGCAGACUCGAUCGAGCCUGUCUGGGGCGGUCUUCCAGGCGAGGGCCGAACGGAAAGAUUGAAACGCCUCAAGGAGGGUGCUGCAGCGGCGGCUGCCGCAAGAGCCACUUCCGACGCCGCAAUGCAGAAAACAUCGAUCUUGAAACAUGGCACACACACCAACGCUGCGAAUGCUGCCUCCAAUGGAAGUGGCUCUUCAUAA